CCAUAAAGCAUGUUUACUUUGCAUUUUUCAAAAAGACCUCUUUUCCUCAACUGAACCCCGCGUUUUCUCCUUCCCUUCUUCCACCGGACCACCAUCCCACCACCGCCACCACAACAACAACUCCGUUUCUCUCUAUCUCCUUCUUUCGAGCAACAAAAAAAAAAGUAGAGUAGGAUGGGAAACUGUAAUACUUGUGUAAGACCAGACACCACAACAGAAGACACCAACGAACACCAAACCAGAAACAAAAAAUCAAAAAACCACAAAAAGUCAAAUCCUUACUCAGAAGACUACCCCCACCACCAAACCACCACCAACAAGCGAUCAUCACCGGCUCCGAUCCGGGUCCUAAAGGACUCAUCAGUCUCACUUAGCCACCGCCCUCGUAUCUCUGACAAGUACAUACUCGGCCGUGAACUGGGUCGUGGAGAAUUCGGCAUCACGUUCCUGUGUACGGACAAAGAGACUAAAGAAUCAUUAGCGUGCAAGUCAAUUUCGAAGAGGAAAUUGAGGACUGCUGUGGACAUAGAGGAUGGUUGGAGAGAAGUGGCAAACAUGUCUACUUUGCCUGAGCAUCCAAAUAUUGUGAAAUUGAGAGCUACUUAUGAGGAUUACGAAAAUGUGCAUUUAGUUAUGGAAUUGUGUGAAGGAGGUGAGCUUUUCGAUAGGAUAGUGGCUAAAGGGCAUUUUAGUGAGAGAGCUGCGGCCCAUGCCGCCAGAACGAUUGCUGAAGUUGUUAGGAUGUGUCAUGCUAAUGGGGUAAUGCAUAGAGAUUUGAAGCCUGAGAAUUUUUUAUUUGCUAAUAAGAAGGAGAAUUCUGUUCUUAAGGCUAUUGAUUUCGGCUUGUCUGUGCUUUUUAAGCCAGGGGAGAGGUUUUCAGAGAUAGUGGGCAGUCCAUAUUAUAUGGCGCCAGAGGUGUUGAGAAGGAAUUAUGGACCGGAGGUUGACGUGUGGAGUGCCGGAGUUAUUCUUUAUAUUUUGUUAUGUGGGGUUCCUCCAUUUUGGGCAGAGACUGAGCAGGGUGUUGCUCUUGCCAUUUUGAGAGGGGUGAUUGAUUUUAAGAGGGAACCAUGGCCUCAGAUUUCAGAGAAUGCUAAAAGUCUUGUUCGACAGAUGUUGGAGCCAGAUCCCAGUAAGCGCUUGAAUGCUCAACAGGUUCUUGAACAUCCCUGGUUACAAAAUGCGAAGAAAGCUCCAAAUGUCCCAUUAGGAGACAUUGUGAGGACAAGGCUCAAGCAGUUCUCUAUGAUGAAUAGAUUUAAGAAGAGAGCAUUGCGGGUAAUUGCGGAACACUUAUCUGUUGAAGAGGUUGAAGUAAUCAGAGAUAUGUUUGCAUUGAUGGAUACUGACAAUGAUGGUAAAGUAACAUAUGAGGAACUGAGAACUGGUCUUCGGAAGGUUGGUUCACAGUUGGCUGAACCUGAGAUAAAGAUGCUGAUGGAAGUGGCAGAUGUUGAUGGGAACGGAGUACUGGACUAUGGAGAGUUUGUGGCAGUCACCAUUCACUUGCAGAAGAUGGAAAAUGAUGAGCAUUUCCGCAGGGCAUUCAUGUUUUUUGACAAGGAUGGUAAUGGAUAUAUUGAAUUAGAUGAGUUACGAGAGGCAUUAGCAGAUGAAUAUGGGGAAACUGAUGAUGAUGUGCUGAAUGACAUCAUGCGUGAAGUCGACACUGACAAGGAUGGUUGUAUUAGUUAUGAGGAGUUUGUUGCAAUGAUGAAAGCUGGAACUGAUUGGAGAAAGGCAUCUCGACAGUAUUCAAGGGAGAGGUUCAAGAGUUUGAGCCUUAACCUGAUGAAAGAUGGCUCGUUGCAUCUCCACGAUGCGCUCACCGGUCAAUCAGUUGCUGUCUAAAUUAGAGGGCUCCUGAUCUUGUAUUGCUUGUACUAGCAUAACGUUUGUGCCCUGUCAUUGAUAUAUUCAAUAUUUGAAGAGUCCUGAUCAUGUGUUUCACAAAAUGAAAGUAAUCUGUUCCCGUGCAAGGGACGAAUGAAUAUUGUUGGGAUCAGGGGUACAGAUUGGAUUGGCAUUAGGCUGCAUGAAGCAUGCAUCCGAGGUACAGUUCGUUGGCUUGCAGUAGUCGGACGCAGCACGGUAUAUUGGUGGCAGGGCGAUCUGUGUUUCCAAAUUAAUGUCACAUUUUUCUUGUAUAUUUUCUGGGUUCCUGGUGUUCAAUGAUCCCCCCCC